AUGACAAGAAGACUUUUGUAUUUAGUGAUCUCCCUCACUUUUGUGAUUUUUGCUGUGGCAGAAGAAAUCAGUGAGAAAAGUGAUACUUUAACGGAAAUUACUCCAAGAAGGCGAAAGCAUCUGUAUCAUGCCCUGUUUCCUCUUGUUGGAUUGGGUGGUCUUCAUGCCAUAUCAGCACUUGUAGCAAUUAAAUUAAAAAUUGUUGUAGUAUUUAUCCUAAUUGUGGCAACUGCGGUCUUUGGUUUUAAAAUCUGGAAAGGAGGUGCCCUGUUUGGGUGCAAUCACAACGGACCUGAAUAUCACGAUGGACCAAUAAUUCCAUACGACAGUGGAAAUAUAGUGUCCCAUUCAGGACCUGGGAUAUCUUUUAGUGGUGGAUACCCUGGAGGUGAUCCCUACAAUGCCUGGAAUCCAGACACUUUAGCAUCUGGACCUUCAUCAAGUGGAGACUUUCAUCAUGAUUUUCAUCACGAUUCUCAUCAUGAUUUCCACCAUGAUCAUCAUGAUUUUCAUCAUGAUGCACCUCAUCAUGAUGAUUCUUCAGGUCCUCCUGCCGACACGUCAGCAAUGUCUGCUCCAGAGAUGCAUUCAAAACGAAGAGUUGCUUAUCAGGGUGCUCGACAAAAUUCAUUUGAUUGGACUAGCCUGGCUUUUGCUGUUUUGGGAGUGGAUACAAUGGUCUGCCGCAAAAGAUUUAUUUGUGAAAUGGAAGUUCAAUCGAAGGAUAAUCCAUUCUUUGGCUUUGCCUACAAUUACUUGAGUCGAGGAAUGUGGACGGAAUACAGAAACUUCCCAGAAAUCCCACACAAUCUCGCUGACUGUGCUAGGCUGUUCAAGGCGUGCUAUUCCCCAGCUGACGACAAAAAUCAAGAACUUUCCAAUAAAGAUCCCGAAGAGGAUGAAAGCGACACCACUGAGACAGAAGACAACGUAGCUAGUUCAACAGAUAACGUAGAAUCAUUAGGUCGACAAAUAAUGUUGAGAAUGAAAAAGAAAUCAGAGUGAAAGUGAAAUUUUUGGGAGAAAACACCGACAAAUCGUGACUGACCCACUGACCACUCUUGGGGGUGUUAAACGCUGUUAAAGAAGAGUUUCAUAGGCCCCAGAGUCACUAAUUAACCACCAACACGACCAGAGACAUGCGACACAUGACGAACUUUAAGAGAUUUACGCUAUUUAUUGAAUUUCCUUAUUUAUUUCCCCUCUCCAGAAAAAAUCGUCGCUUCGAUCAGCAUUUGUCAUACCAUCAUUAUUGCGAUUGAUAUAAUUGGAAUGUGUAUAAUUUUGUAUAUUCAGCUCAUGAAAAUGAAAAUUUUACAAAUUGAAUAAAAAGCACUUUAUAUUUUAAAUUUUUCGCCACCUAAAAUAAAGUGAUCUUUUAAGGCAAUUAUGAGCUCAUUGUGCUACAAAAUAAGUAUUAAU